CAAAACCUAAGCUCUACAUAAGGACGCCCUGCUGUCCGAGCCCACCGACUUUGCUUGCUUCAGCAAUUGACUCGUUCUCGCCCGCGCUACCACGGCUGCACCUGAAACGUGCGUGUGUCCACUCUUAUCUGGAGCAUCUAGAUCACGGGCGCUGCCUUUCAAGGUCCGCCAGUCUCGCGGCCACCGCGGCCGACUGCAUCGCCGCGCGGGAGUUUGCUGAGGUAGCCCCGUUGGCACAACGGACGCGCUAGCCUGCGCGCGAUGCCGGCGACCUACCUCUCUGCAACACCCCAUCAAGCAAUCAUGGCGCCUGCAGCGGCCUCGCUCGUGACUCCCGUUCUCGGCGCGGCCACGUCGGCUGGAUGGCGUCUGGCACGGCACGGACCCGUGCUGCCAGCCCCGGCCUGCAUCUCGCCCGCCGCCGCCUCCCACGUAACCCGCGCCGCCUUGACAACUGCCGACGUCUCCACCACCGGCGCCGCUAGUGGCGGAGCCUGCGCAGCCGGCAGGCGUCACCUGGUCCAUGCAACCCCCCGCGCGCUCGGGGCGAAGAGUGCCCGCAGCCAAGCCGUGCUGCCGCUCCAGAGCCCCCCGCAGCCCGGCGCGCCCCGGCGGCGCGCCUUACCAUCCACAACAACGGUUAGCGCGCUGCCGGAGUUCGUUGGCGCGCUGGCGGCGUCGCCGUACCGCGAUUAUUACGUGCUGGCGGGCGCGGCGGUUGGCGCUGUGGUGUGGGUCAAGCUCUUCGACUACCUGGCCGCCAACGGCACGCUGGAGCAGAAGCUGAGCCGCAAGCUGGUGCACACCACCACCGGCCCCAUCUUUGUGCUCACAUGGGCACUAUUCAGUGCGAACCCCAUGGCUCGUGUGCUGGCGGCGGUGGUGCCCAUGCUCAACUUCAUGAGGCUGUUCGCGGUGGGCACGGGUCUGGUGUCGGACCCGGGUCUGGUCAACUCGGUCAGCCGCAGCGGCGACCGCACAGAGCUGCUCAAGGGCCCGCUGUUCUACGUGGUGACGCUGGUGGCUGCCACAGUGCUGUGCUGGCGGGACAACCCCGCGGGCCUGAUCGCGGUGAGCAUGAUGUGCGGCGGCGACGGCCUGGCAGACAUCGUGGGGCGGCGGCUGGGGCGCGGCAACCCCCUGCCGUACAACACACAGAAGAGUGUGGCGGGCAGUGUGGCCAUGCUGGUGGGCGGGUAUGGCAUGGCAUACGGACUGAUUUCGCUCUUCUGCGGGCUGGGCUUCUUCGCCUGCUACCCGCCCGCCACGCUGUUCGGCUGCCUGGGCGCCGUGGCCCUCGCCGCCACCGCUGUAGAGUCCCUGCCCAUCAACAAGUGGGUCGACGACAACGUGAGCGUGCCGAUAGUGGCGGCAGCGCUCAGCCUGGUGCUGCUGCCGCAGCCGGCGGAAGCGGCGGCCGCGGUCGCGUCCGCGGCGGCGGCGGUGGUGCCCGUGGCGGCGGCGGGCAUGGCGGUGACGACGGUGGCGGCGGCGGCGGCGGGCUCGAUCAGCCUGUCGGUGUGAGAGGAUGGCUAGGACAGGAGGAAGGACACCGGGUAUGUGCGGUUGACAUACAGCAGGUCAGCUUGUAGGUUCUACCUAAAUCAUUCGUAACAUGUAUGAGACUCGCUUGGCGUUAAGACUUAGAAUUACGGGCCUGCAUUUCAUCACGAUUGGCGCACUGAUCGGGUCGUGGUUUACGGGUUGCGGCACCCACGGAUUCCCGUCCAGAGCUCGUGCCGCGGGUGUGAGCUCUGUGCGCCGUGUGCGGUAUGCGGUGAGCAAGUGCUGCGGCCAGGUCUAUACCGGCCGCGCUCUCGACUGUGAGAAACAGUUUCCUUUUAUGGCAUCUGGUGAAUGUCGCUGGUGUGUGUUUUUCGAAAACACCAGCUCCUGUUUUGGGCCGGUGCCGGCAACCGGCGCCGUGCGUGCAUGCAUGAUGCAACGGCUUGGGUGCUGCUUGGGGAGCCCUGUGUACAAUUACUCUAUUAGAAGUUUUGCCGUCGACCAGAUUCCUGCCAAACACUCGGUGUGGUGUGGUGCGGGGGCUGAGGGCACGGUCAUUGCUUGACUGAGUGAGAGCUUGAGAGCCGCGGGCGUGUUUCGUCUUCGUUGCAAUGGCACGCAGGCAGACAGGCAAGUCCACAGGCCGGCAGUCGGACUGUCUCAGCGGCCAGACACAUUCAAUUGGCCAGACACAUUCUGUCCCCCUGGCGGCUGGUUGAUCUAAUGCUUAGUGAACAUGACGUGCAACACAGUAGCGAGGACGGGCGGGGGGGGGGACGGAUCCUAUGCACGCCCCCUCACAAGUCUCUGAGACUUGGAUGCUGAUGCAUGUGUGGCGCCCUGCGCGUGUGUGCACGGGAAGGGAAGACGAACGGGCGUGGCCCGGGUGCCCACGGAUUCAAGUAUGCGUGGGAUAGCUGGCAUGCGGACGUGCGUGUUCGCAUCCUUUUUUGGCGGCUGUGUGGCUAUAAUCCCGCAUAGUGUCAGUUCGGGAUGCCUGCCCGACGGGUUUACGGUACAUCGGGCAUUUUGACGAAAGCGACCUCGCCGAUUGCCCCGGUGCCGUGUCGCUGUGCUGAUGAUGCAUUCAUUCCUGGUGCACGCGCGGAACUAGUCGACACAAGUUACGGGCAGUACCGGGCCACCAACUAGCUGAUGUUGGUGGUGCUGUUGGUGGCGGUGUGGCUGCGGCGGCGAGGUACGGUAGCUGGCGCGGUAGCUGGCGUGGAGUGGACAGGGCAGGGGAGGGGAGGGCUGGUGGCGGGGCUACUGGGGUGGCCACGCCGCAAUGCGGCUGGGGCGUACCUGCAGCCUGCAGGUGCAGCAGCCCUCGGCACAUGCGGGGCGUCGGGACCAAUCCGCAGAUCGGGUGGUGAGGCGGCUUGGGGAGGAGUGAUGGGCCGGAUGCAGGCUGGCGUGUCAGGCUGUGUCACAGAGCCGAGGCCGGACUGGGGGGCGAGGUGUGUGAGUGUUCGCGGCGGGACCGUCGGAGGGAGGAGGCGGCGGCGGAUGAGCAGGGAAAGGUGGCGCGAGGGCUGGUUGACUUUUGACACUAGGCAUGACACCUGAGACUGAGACUGAGACCGAGAUGAGACAUUGAGACCCGUAGAGCACGUCUUGCAUUGGCCCUGCAACGUGCAGGCAUGCAUUUGCACUGUAGCCGUGGCGCAUGUCCCGUCCCGAUCU